AUGAUUAUUGGGUCUCUAAAUAUUAGAGGAGGCGUUAGUGCGCUAAACAGGAGGAGAAUUGAUGAGGUGAUAAGGAGGGGCAAAGCGGAGAUUUUUUUGUUACAAGAGACGAAAAUUACAUCUUUGAAUGAGGAGGUGGCGAGAAGUUUUUGGGUCUCACCGGAUAUUGGGUAUUCUUUCUCUAAUUCUUUGGGAAGGUCGGGUGGUUUAUUAAUUUUGUGGAAGGCGGGAAAAAUGGAGGUGGUGAAUAGUUUCAAAGGAGAGGGUUAUUUAGGUAUUAAAGUAUUGUGGAAGGGUGAUUGCUAUUAUGUUGUGAAUGUUUACUCGUCUUGUGAUUUGGUUAAGAAGAGAUUAUUGUGGAACGAGCUUCUUAGAUUGAAGGAGUCUUUUGUUGACGGGGAGUGGAUCAUUGGAGAGGAUUUUAAUGCGGUUAAAGAUAGAAAAGAGAGGAAAGGGAGAACGGGUGUGGUGAAUAAUCUUGAAAUGGGAUUAUUUACGGAGUUCAUUAACAAAAGUUUGUUGGUUGAUGUUCCUUGUAAGGGGAAGAAUUUCUCGUGGUAUAGUGGAGAUGGAAAAUCAAUGAGUAGAAUUGAUCGUUUCCUUGUGGCGGAUAAUGUGGUGAGUAGGUGGGGAGUGAUUGGUCAAUUGAUUGGUGAGAGGGAUAUUUCCGACCAUUGUCCUAUUUGGCUUGAGGUGGAUAAUUCAAAUUGGGGUCCAAAACCGUUUAGAUUCAAUAAUGAAUGGUUUUCUUUUGAUUCCUUUUUGCCUUUCGUGAGGAGUGGGCGAACAUGA